UCUCUCUCUCUGUCUCUGUGUGUUCAGGUGGGCAAGGCCAUGUCGUCCAAUGAGAGUGCAGCGUAUGAGAUCAUGAGGUCUUUGGACGUGGACUAUGUGCUUAUUAUCUUCGGUGGCGUGAUUGGCUACUCUGGUGAUGACAUCAACAAGUUCCUGUGGAUGGUGCGGAUCGCAGAGGGAGAGCAUCCCAAAGAGAUCAGGGAGAGUGACUACUUCACCCCCCAGGGGGAGUUUAGGGUGGACAAAGCGGGGUCUCCCAUCCUGCUCAACUGUCUGAUGUAUAAGAUGUCGUACUACCGCUUUGGAGAGAUGCAGUUGGACUUCCGGACGCCGCCGGGUUUCGACCGGACGCGUAACACUGAGAUCGGUAACAAGGACAUCAAGCUGAAACACCUGGAGGAGGCGUUCACCUCAGAACACUGGCUGGUCCGGAUCUACAAGGUCAAGAAGGAGGAGAACAGGGACCCCCUGGUGCACAGCAUCCGCAGCAGCAACAGCAGCAGACAAAAGUACACCUCUAAAAAGGUACAGGUUCAUCCACGCUUCUCUCUUCUCUAAUGGAGAGCUCUAGUG